UGCGAUUUGGGGGUUAAAUUUGACUCAACUUUUUCUUUCAAUAAACAUUAUUUAAACAUAACAAAAAAAUCUAUAUUAGGUUUCAUUAAUAGAACUUGUCAAGAUUUUACAAAUUCCGAUGCCUUAAAAAUUCUGUAUUUUUCACUAGUGCGUUCUUCUCUGGAAUACAACUCGGUCGUAUGGUCACCCUCUAGUGUUGUUCAUAUACAGAGUUUAGAAGCUAUUCAAAAUCGUUUUCUUCGUUUUAUCUCUUACAAAUGCAAUAUACCAUUUAAACCACACUCUCAAUAUACACCGUUAUUAAACCAAUUAAAUAUGACCACUCUAGCUGAAAGGAGAAAAAUCAUCGAUUUGAAAUUUCUAUAUAAAAUAGUAAAUGGUUUUUUAAAUUGUCCCAAAUUACUCAGCUGCUUAAAUUUUAAUGUUCCUCAUUGUCGAACUAGAUCUGCAAAUACAUUUUACGUUCCAUUUCAAAGAACUAAUUAUGCACUUUGUUCACCUAUUAAUAGAUUAAUGAAAAUAACUAAUGACGUCCAGAUAGAUCUAUUUAGUUUUCCUUCUUUUGAUUGUUUUUCUAACUAUAUUGCGCAUCUUUAAAUUAUUUCUGCUACCUAUAUUAUUAUUGUCUAUAUUAUAUUUUUAUAUUGUUUUUAUUAUUUUUAAUAUUAUAUUUUUAUUAUACAUAUACUAUUUACUGUAUUUCUUAAUAGAUUUAAGUCUACAAAAUUGUUAUUAAAUUAUAAAAAAUUGUAAUUGGGUUC